GCGGACUAAUCAUCAGAAACGGAAGUUGACAAUGUCAUUGACUUCAGAAGACGAGAUCACCGUCCGGACAUGCAUCCCAUUGUUUGCAUCAGGUGCAAACACCAGAGGGACAUCAUCGCUGCCUCUCAUACCAUCAUCAUCACUAUCAAUAACAUCAACAUCAGCACCACUUUCAUCCCUCCACAGUAUUACAAUCAAUGGAGCACGCAUCACCGCAACCCACACAGUGAUACACCUACCUACCAACCACCUCAAUCCACCCUAUCAAUCCAAGCACCCUAACCUCACCACUCACCACUCACCCCCUCAUCCUCACAACAACAACCACAAAAUGGACCAAAUACACACCCGGGCCCUCGAAGCCCUCCAACCAUUCAUCCACCUCGCCACCUCGAACAGCGCGACAUCCCCGCGCUUCAUCACAAACUUAAUCACAAACGCAACCUCCAACCCGCACACCUACGUAUUCGCCGAACUCCUCACCACCCCAGCCAUCCAAUCCCUCCGCGACCCCAACACACCCGCCGAGUAUGCAAGCUACCUGACUCUCCUUGAGAUCUUCGCCUGGGGAACAUGGCAAGACUAUCAAUCAACACCCAACCUUCCCCCCCUCAACGACGCCCAAACGCUCAAACUCCGCCUCCUCUCCCUCCUCUCUCUCUCCACAACAACCAACCCUCUAACCUACAACACACUCAUGACCGCCCUAUCCAUCACGCAACCCUCGGAGCUCGAAUCCCUCGUCAUAAAAGCCAUCUACGCUUCGCUCAUCACAGCCCGUCUAUCGCCCGCUUCCAACCCGCCAACCGUGAAUGUUACCUCCGUGGCGCCCCUUCGGGACGUGAAGCCCGAAUCGCUGGGCAAGAUGAUCGACAUCCUGACGGCGUGGGAGACGCGCUGCGGGGACGUGAUUGGGGAUAUUGAGGCCGAGAUUAUUCGGAUCAAGACGGAGUCGGCGAGACGGAGGGCAGAGGAGCGGGAGAAGGAGGUGUUGUUUGAGAAGGCGCUUGCCGGGUGGGGGGCUAAGAUGGAUGAGAAGAAGGUGGGAGGUGG